AUGACAAACUCCAGCACCUAUUCGACUCCUCCACUUUACCAGGAAAUGGACUCUCGUCCUUGCUUUGGUUCGGCCCCCCAACGCGGCACAAAGCGCAAGCGAAACGUGGUCCCCAACUCCUCCGAUGAGGCGAAGAACAAGCACCCCACUCCGGCGCCCCUUGUCUUUUUUGUUGGUCCGCCGUCGUACUCGCAACCCGAGGUGGUGGACAUCUUACUCGACUCCGAUACCGAGGGCGAGGACCAAUACCUCGAUCUGCUGCCGUCGGAGCCCCUUUACGCAGCGACUAACAUGCCGGGCCACACCGCCCCUUUGAGAUUUCCGCACAUCACUUUCCAAUCGCAGCAGCCAGCAAGACACUAUCAAAUAGCACUAUACAUGCCAGCCCAGAUGGAGCAGCAGGGCACUCAGCAUGGUAUCUACUCCAGACCUCCCAUGCCAUUCUCAUACGGACUGUCGCCCAGCUCGGGACGUAUGGGUUUUGGCCAACCAGCGCUAGGCCACGAAGGUAUUAACAAUGGCGUACCGGAAGGUUAUGACACCAUGCCUUAUAUGCCAUACCAAGAAGGCCUUGCUAAUGGCCCACCGGAAGGGUUCUACUCCGGACCUCAUCAUUUGAUGCCAUUCGCGAGCGGACAGUCGUACAACUCGGACUUUAUGGUUUCCGGCACACUACCGGCAGAACGCAAGAUGAGAAAAGAUCUGCUUAUCUCGAUAGAGCCCAAAGUAUCGGCCACAGGCCCCGCCAACCCCUUUAGCAGGGAGGCCAGCCAUCCCAGCCCAGUGGUUGAACAUUCCUCUCACUCCCGGUCCGCCCCAUACUCCCAGUCCCCCAAUCAAAACCUCGCCGACCCGAACAUGCCUAGACACCUUCAGGGCGUGUUACACCAGGCAAUCGGAACUCCCGGUGUUGGUGUUUCGGCGAGAAGACCAGCUGAUGCGCAAGGCCCAGACCUGCCGCUAGAGCUACCUCCUAUCCUAUCUGUACCGAGGCAGCAGGAUGAUGACCGGGAGGAGCAUGAGAUCGCUCUUCCGUCAAGCAUCGCAUGGCUGGUGAUGGAACAGGCUCUCAGGUACGGGUCCUAUCUCUGGGAUACCUCCCAUGAUUGUCGGAAACCCUCCCCUCUCAGAGAAUGGUCCUGUCUCUGGGACGCUUCCCGGCAUUGGCGGAAACCCUCGCCGAUCAGAGGAGGGUGA